AUGACGAGGUCUAGUUCACUUCCCCAGUGUGACAAGUCCCAGUGUGGGAAGAAAAAGACUCACCCAACAGAGAAAUCUGAGUCCCGGGGAGUCAGCCAGAUGGCAGAUCCCCUGCGUGCUUCUGUGAAAAACGACGUUCCGACCCAGAAACGCUCGGCAACCGCAGGGCCCCCGCAGGAGCGGGCGGCGGGGCCCAGCACCCGGCAGCGGCGCGGGGGCGGCCGGGGCCUCCGCGGGCUGGGCGCUCGAGCGCGGUCGGGGCGGGGCAGUCCCCGCGGGGGCGCCGGCCGCGGGGCCCAAUCGCGGGAGAGCCGGGCGGGCAGGGACGGCACGGGUGGCCUCCGCCCCCAGCGGCCCCGCCUCCUCGGCCGCGGCGCUGCCGGGGGCGGGCUGAGUCACCGGGGAGCGCAGGCCGCCCGCCCGCCCGCGGACCCGCGACCCGCCGCCACACCGCCGCCGCCCGGGGAGCAGCUGCUGGCGCCUCCGAGCCCGCCGAGGCCGGCCCGCGGGGCCACCGAGGAGCCCAGCGAGGGCCGCGCGGCGGACUGUCGCCGUUAUCACUGUGGACGCGGAAAGAAUUCAGCUUCCUACCCAAGCAAAAUGAAGAUUUUUUUGGUAGAACCUGCCAUUUGCCUUAGUGCGUUUGCUAUGGCUUUGACCUCUCCGCUGACAACACACGGGAAUGGCUAUGACCGCUUUUUCCAGAACAACAUUGAUGAUGCUUUUAGACUGCCGCUCCUGUUCCUUAUUGUGCCGCUCUCUGUUCUGCGGUCCAUGAUGUCAAAAGUGGUUCAUUCUACCGAACAAGGUACCCUGUUUGCCUGUAUUGCUUUCUUAGAAACACUUGGUGGAGUCACUGCAGUUUCUACUUUUAAUGGAAUUUAUUCAGCCACUGUCGCUUGGUACCCAGGCUUCACCUUUCUGCUGUCUGCUGUUCUAUUACUAAUUCCAGCAAUCAGUCUAUGUAUUGUCAAGUGCACCAGCUGGAGUGAAGGAAGCUAUAUACUUUCUGUACAAGAAGAAUCCAGUGAAGACGCUUCUGACAGUUGAUUGAUUGUGAUUUUUAAAAAGCAAAAUGCACAUAUCAUAUCCUCUGACUUCUGAAGAAUAUAAACCAGCCCCAUAAUCCUUUCGUCAUGAAUAAUCAAUGCUGCAGAUCCAGGCUGCUAAACUGAGCAGUGAGACAGCCCCGGCUCCCGCUUCUGACAGUACCACGCACUCUGAGCACUUUAUGACUAUCACGUGAGAGGUUUCCAGCGCAUAGGAGAACAAAUCGCAAAACACUUCCCACUUUGGGACUCACAAAAGAAACUGAAACGUCCUGGUAUAAGGAGGGAUUAAGACGCUUGAUUCAAUCAAAAGCAAUAAUCUCCCUGCCAUGCUCCAGUCUCUCACACUGACACCGAGGAGAGCUCUUUACCUCAGUUUCAUCAUCUGCACAAAGGGUGUCUGACGUCUCACAAGGACUUUGAAGGCAUAACUGUUGAAAAUUAUGAUAAAUCUUUCACUGAUAGGAAACUAAUGAUGGGAGUUCAAAUAUUUAUAAUAUAAUUUUACCGCUCCUUGGGUAAUGCUUUGUUUUAUAGAACCCAUCAGCUGUUAUUGAUAGUCAAAACUUUUAAUCAAUGCAAAAUCCUUAAAAGGGAAGGACUUUAAAGAAUACAUAUUUUCACUUUUCCUAAUAUGCUUCAUCAGUGAACAGGCAUGAUAAUAUUUCUAUAUGUAACACAGGGGUGACUGGAAAAAAAUAAGAUUAUAAAUAAAAUUGUUUCUAAAGAAAUGUAAAAACUGAGUAAACAGCUAAUUGGGAAGUAAUUAAUAUCAUAGAGCCAAUAUUCGUUCCUUAUUUCUGUCAAAGGUUAUCCAUUUCUUUCUGCCUUGACUCAUCCUGGGAUCCACCCUGGGCCCUGAAAACACCACAUUCUCUCAUGUCUCCUGUCUUUUUACAUGCUCUUCCAUUUGCCCUUUCUCCCUCGUGACACUGACGUUUUCAAGUCUCAGCCGAAACAUUGCUGCUUCUGGGUAGCCUUUUUGACAUUUCUUCCCUAUUCCUACACCCGCCACCCCACCGUCCCGGCAGGGCUCCCAGAACACUGCGUAUACUUCCGUCCUAGCAUAUCCCACUGCCUUGUCAUGUUUGUUUCCCUAUUUGACAAUGAGCACCUUGAGGACAGGGACCAUCUUUGAUUACUUAUCAUAUCCUCAAUAAGUGUUUGUUGAACUAAAUGACUACAAAAUUUUGUUUUAAGUUGUAAAAAUAAUUUAAAGCUAUAUAUUUAAUGCAUCAUGAGAGUAACCACUGAUAUCAUGCCAUAGUCAUUAAGCCAGCCUUGCAAAUAAAUUGAAAAAUAUGCUAGCUCAUACACUUUUUAAGUGGGUCUAUAGUAUUUUCACAGGUCCUUCAGUACCUCCCAUUUUCUAAGUUACCUUAUGUAACACAUGCCUUGAAGGACAACUAGAUGAUUAACUUCUUCAUAAUCUCUUGAAAGCAGAUACAGUCUUCUGUCUGAGAGCAUUGCUUUACGGCUUUCUCCUGUAGGGUAAUGAAUGAUGGCGUAACUAGCAAAUAGCACUCGUAAUUUAAAAUACUAGAAAUUCUUACUUCCAAGACAUUCCUUUUAGUUAUAGCUAAUAUUUUCUGGGAUGGGAGCCCAUGUAAGAACUGAGUGAUUCUCACAUUUAUUUAUUGUUUUCCUUCCUGUUCAACGCUCUUCCAAAGCCAAAAUAAAAAGUACUUUACGAUUUA